AUGGCUCAAGUGUUCAACAACCAGCGUUCGGAUACCCUGUUUCUGGGCGGCGAGAAGGUGUCUGGAGAUGACAUCCGCAACCAGAAUGUGCUUGCGGCGCUGGCAGUGGCCAAUGUGGUGAAGUCGUCGCUGGGCCCGGUGGGGCUGGACAAGAUGCUGGUGGACGACAUCGGGGACUUCACGGUGACGAACGACGGGGCGACGAUCCUGUCGCUGCUGGACGUGCAGCACCCUGCGGGCAAGAUCCUGGUAGAGCUGGCGCAGCAGCAGGACCGCGAGAUCGGCGAUGGCACGACGAGCGUGGUGAUCAUCGCGGCAGAGCUGCUGAAGCGCGCGAACGAGCUGGUCAAGAACAAGAUCCACCCGACGACGAUUAUCACAGGGUUCCGGGUGGCGCUGCGGGAGGCGCUGCGCUACAUUGAAGACGUGCUAUCGCAGCCAGUGGACGCCCUGGCGCGCGAGACGAUGGUGAACAUCGCGAAGACCAGUAUGUCGUCCAAGAUCAUUGGCUCCGACUCGGAGUUCUUUAGCUCCAUGGUGGUGGAUGCGCUGCUGGCCGUCAAGACGCAGAACGGCCGCGGUGAGGUAAAGUACCCGGUCAAGGCGGUGAACAUACUGAAGGCGCACGGUAAAUCCGCGUGCGAGUCCGUGCUCGUGCAGGGCUACGCCCUAAACUGUACUGUUGCAUCGCAGGCCAUGCCCCGUAAACUGACGGGCAGUGUGAAGAUCGCGUGUCUUGAUAUCAACCUGCAGAAGGCACGCAUGGCGAUGGGUGUUCAGAUCAAUGUCGACGAUCCGGACCAGCUGGAGGAGAUCCGGAAGCGGGAGGUUGGAAUAGUGUUGGAGCGUGUCAAGAAAAUUAUUGACGCCGGGGCCCAGGUUGUGCUCACAACUAAGGGUAUCGACGACCUAUGCCUGAAAGCGUUUGUCGAGGCCAACGUUAUGGCAGUCCGCCGUUGUCAGAAGGAGGAUUUGCGCAGGAUAGCUCGCGCCACAGGCGCUGUGCUCAUCAGCUCAAUGUCGAACUUGGAGGGCGAUGAGACCUUCGAGCCAAGCUAUCUCGGCACCUGUAGCGAGGUCGUGCAGGCGAAGUUCUCCGACGACGAGUGUAUCUUGAUUAAGGGCACUGCCAAGCAUUCUUCUUCCUCCAUCAUCUUGCGUGGACCAAACGACUACUCUCUGGACGAAAUGGAGCGCUCGCUGCACGACUCGCUCUGCGUGGUGAAGAGAACCCUCGAGAGUGGGCAUGUGGUGGCUGGCGGCGGCUGUGUCGAGGCGGCCCUCAACAUAUAUCUAGACAACUUUGCCACCACCGUCGGCUCGCGCGAGCAGCUGGCAAUCGCCGAGUUUGCCGCCGCGAUGUUGGUCAUCCCAAAGACAUUGGCCGUCAAUGCAGCCAAGGACUCCAGCGACCUCGUUGCCAAGCUGCGUUCGUACCAUGCAGCCAGCCAGCAGGCCAAACCGGACGACCUCAAGAAGCGCAAGUACCGCAACUACGGGCUCGACCUUAUCCGCGGGAAGGUCGUCGACGAGGUGGGAGCCGGCGUGUUGGAACCCACCAUCAGCAAGAAAAAGUCUUUGAAGUCCGCCCUCGAAGCUUGCAUUGCCAUUCUUAGAAUUGACACAAUGAUUACGGUCGAUCCAGAACCUCCAAAGGAGGAUCCCCACGCUCACUGA